AUGAAAACCGAGAAGGCCCAAAAAGAGGAAAAAACAAAUAGCGGUAAUAUAGGCACAAUACUAAUACAAGUUACGGGUAGCAACAACGUUGAAAUGGAACCACAAAAAAGGAAAGGAUUUGAUAGGAAGAGCAAUGAGAUGAAGAGCAAUGAGAUGAAAAGUAAUGAGAUGAAAAGAAGUGAGAUGAAAAGUAAUGAGAUGAAAAGUAAUGAGAUGAAAAGAAGUGAGAUGAAAAGUAAUGAGAUGAAAAGAAGUGAGAUGAAAAGUGCAGAGGACAUGUAUAUUGAUGCAGUAGAUGGUGAAAGUGCCAAGGGGACCAUUGAACGGGCAAAGAGGCUUAAAGGGAAGGAAGAUGAGCAAGAGCACGAGUACUGCAUACUUAACAGAAAAAGAGAAGAUAAUCAAAGGAAAAAAGAUAAUACAUGUGAUAGGGAUGAAACUACUGAUGAUAUUGUCAAUGUUAGUGGAUAUGGUAGUGGCACUAGCAGUGGAAGUAUCCAUUUGAAUGGACUUCCUAAUGAUGGACUGCUGAAGAACGUCGAAUUUCACAAAAUAUACGAAAGCGACGACAAUCACGUGUCGAGGAAAAAUAGCACAGUCGAUGUGGACAACAAAAGUAGUCAAGGAAAAACGAUAAAAACAAAAAAAAAAAAUAGUAAUAUAAUAUUAAAUACAUCAGUGCUUCAGUCGUAUAUCCAUAAGAGUUAUGACAAGGUAUCAACUGCUCUGAUAAAAACGUCCAAGACGUUCCUGGGAAAAAAUUGUAACACGUGUAAUGAUAGCGGUGAUAGGAGCAUUGACAGGAGCAAAGACAAGAGCAACGACAAGAGCAAAGACAAGAGCAACGACAAGAGCAAGGACAAGAGCAAGGACAAGAGCAAGGACAAGAGCAAGGACAAGAGCAAGGACAAGAGCAACGACAAGAGCAAGGACAAGAGCAACGACAAGAGCAACGACAGGUACUGUGACAGACGCAAAAGUAGCUACUCUGAGGGGGAAGACGAGGGGAACGAAAGAAAAGAUAAAUAUUACUGUAACGAUAAUGACAACAUAAAGUCGGAACUGCUAAAAAAUUACAAAAAUGAGAUGAGCAGUAGCAGUGCAGACAAUUUUAGCGCAAAAAUUUUUUUUGAAAAAAAUUCAAAAAUAAUUAACAGAAUCCUUGAAGAGGAUAAUCAUAAUAUGAAAGAGUAUAAGGAGCAUAUUAUGGAAAAAUAUAAAAAGCUAUCUGAAAAUAAUAAUAUAUCAAAGUUUUAUAAAGAUUUAAAACAAUUAUUAGAUGAGAGAACAUUAUUAAUUAAUUUCAUUUUUUAUUACAAAGAUAUGAAUAUUAAUUAUAAAAAGGAUUUAUACAAAUAUCAAACGUCCUAUGAUAUAUUAGCAUCUGAAAACGAACAAAUAAAACAAAAUAAUAUAACAUUAAAAAAACAUAUUGAUUUUUUAAGUGCUAAUGAGAAUAAGCAAGACGACUGUAAAUAG